UCUCAUCCCCCUCGAUCAUGACCCCUGAGGUAAUUACAUCACAAUUUGAUUGGCUGUAGGGAUGACCUCAGUCAGCUUACAUUCAGCACCAUGUGCAUUAAGGAGAGUUUGAGGGUCCACCUGCCCGUUCUGGCUCUGACCCGAUGAAGACAUGAAGAUUCCAGGAGACCUUGUCAUUCCACAGGCUACUCACUUCAGUGAUGUCACAUCAAAUCCAGAGACUUCACUGCUGUAAGACAGGUAUGAUAACAAUAUUUAAAACAGAUGCUAAUCAUAUUAUUCUCUCUGUAGGAUGUUUGUGCUUGAUAAGUAUUUCCGGUAUUCAUCGGAAUCCUGUUAUCUGGAGCGAUCCAGCGAUAAGACUCUCAUCGACACAGAAACAAAUGAAAACAUUGGGAAUGAUGUCUGCAGUCUCUCUCAUCAGGUGUUUGACCCCAUGCGGUUUGAUCCACAGAGGCCAAAGGGAAGAUCACCUCAUGCUUUAAUAGCAUUCUCUGCAGCACCCAGGCACUGCGUCGGUCAAGAACUUUUCUAUGGCAGAAAUGAAGGUGGUGGUCGCUAAAACGGUGUCAAGGUUCAGAAUUCUGCCCGGACCCAAACCAGUGCGUCGCCUCUAAAACCUGCUCAUGAGAGAAGAAGGAGGAAUGAUUUUAAACUUUCAACCUCUCACGCCGUCUCAGGACUAAUAGCCUCCAAAAAUACAUUUAGAGAAAGCUGGACCCUUAUACAUUUCACUGUGAUUUAUAUAAAUGUACAUUAAACCUGUAUGUCAUUUUGUUUAAGAAAUCUGUUCGUAAAUGUUUAUGGAAAUUAAAUAUUUCACACAGCACGCCACUGAUAUAUCUGCACAGGUGACACGCACUCAACCUGUGAAGUCCAGGACCCGGUUGCAUAAAGUACUUUGAGUGUAAUUUUCCCUUAAGCGUGCCCUUAAAUAUACCUUAAGUUUUACUUAAGUUAUUCUCCUAUUGUCUUUGGUGAAGGGAAAUCACUUAGGAAAAACUUUAGGUGCUUUAUGCAACUGGGCACAGGGACUGUAGAUGAGAUGAGCGACAUCUGGUGUUCACUGCUCGUGCAAAACACACCUGAAAUAAACACAAGCAGAAAACAACCACGAUAUAUUAUAAACAUUUUCAAGAAAAAACUUGACAUUAGUUUAAAUGAUAUAACAGCAAAUACAGAAAUAGUUUGUGGUGUUGUUACAUUAUUGCACCACUAGAUGGCACUCAAACUUCUUGAGUUGUAUAGAUGUGUAUAGGAAGGAGAGACGAGUGAGAAGAAUUACUGAGCGUGUGCAUGCAUGUUAAGAUGACCGAUAGUGCUGAUUAAUAAAGUGAAUAUUACAUCAGGAUUAACAUUUCCAGUUUCUUGUCUUCAUGAAGACAUAACAUAGUUUUAAUGAUAUUACAGCAAAUACUGUAAGAAAAUACACUCUGGAGCUGCUUUAGGCAGACUAUAAACCAAUAUAUACUCCCUCACAUCUGUUACUAACAUGAGAGAAUAUUCAAUAACACACACACGAGUUAAAAGAAAUCGCUCAAAACAUCUACAUGUCAAUUUUAGAAUGGAGCUGAAAGUCUAAUGUAUAUAAUACUGAGACUGAGCUCACAUGUGAGUUUUAUUCGUUUCUCUUCUUGUAGAGUCUACGACUUUAUUGAUAAAUCUCACACCGAAUUUUUAUCAACGACAAUGAAAACCUCCAGACUUAAAUCACCUCAGCUGCUCUGCGCAGAUCGCGCGUCAACGGGAGCAGCGUGAUCUCGCGACACUUGGAUGUUUAACGCGAGCGGCUUAUUUAAUCGAACAGAUUCGUUUAAAUAAUACACUUAGUUCAAAAAAUAAAGUCGCUAGAUGUUCUCUGCUUGUUAAACAUUUGACUCAUGCUUUCAGCUGUUACGAAUAGACAAAAAAUUCCAACUUAAACGAUUAUUGUAUUUUAUGUCUUUAUUUCAAUGGUUUAUUUUUAAGGCUCGCUUUGGUUUCCAUUGGUUACUAAUAUUGUCGAUGACGUCAGAGAUCAACGCAAACUUGUUGACAGCGCGAGCAACUGCAGGAGUUACUAGUCUGUUUUCGCGAUUACUUUUACAUUUGCGGUUUGCAAAGAAGUACCAUAAAUACUUUUUUUAAGUUUAGUAUUAAAGUAAGUAGGCUAGUUUGGUGUAGUUUCACAUCAUGGGACAAGUGAACUGUGGAUGCUUGGGCCACGAGACGCCAGAUCCGGAAUACAACCAAACACAGGAGCAGUGUUGGGAGCAAGAACAGAGAGGAGCACAGCGUCAAGAUGACUCCACACCGAAGUCAGGGAAGGGAUCCCGAGAUGCUUGUCCAUUGAGCAUCGAUACGUUGACACUUUCACCAUCUCCUCCACCGAUACAAGUCGCUCCAUGCCCACCAGCUUCAACAGCUGAGAGGGUAAAAUCCCGUCAUCCGUCAAGGCUGGAACCGUUGGUUGUACGUUUUGAUCCUCAACCCUCAACUGCAACACCUGAGAGAUCAGAGGUGAGACGUUCCAGGAGGAAACGGAUGAAAAGGGCUAAAAACAUGUAUCAUGAAGUGCCUAAACCGCUGGUGAUACGUGUUGAUCCUCAACCCGCGACUGCAUCACCUGAGAGAUCAGAGAAGAGAGUUUCAGCAAAUAAACUGAAGAAGGGUGACAAGAAAACGGAUCAUGAAGUGCCUGAACCGCUGGUGAGACAUUUUGCACCUAAACCAUCAACUUCAUCACCUGAGAGAUCAAAGAUGAGACGUUCAAGGAGGAAACUGACGAAGGAAGCUCAAAACAUGGAUCUGAAGGUAACAGAAAGGUUUCAUAGAUCUGCCUCACCCGACCGGAAUCCUGAACAGACGGAGGUGACAAAAUAUGAAGCUGGUCCACCAACACCAGCUCCAACAGUGCCUGAACCGCUGGUCACGUCACAGUUUGAUCUCUUUAAACACCUGGUCCUCGUGGACAUUGAAGAUGAAGAUGAGGUGCAUAUCAUCUCUCCAUUUGGGCUGAAGGACACCAGACACAGGAGACCUAAGCCCAUCAGGAAAAAACAACCCAUGUUUAGUUGGAUGGAGGAGAACACAGAGAUGCUGGAGAGUGAAAGAUCAGGGAAGAAACCGAACAGUGGCAAAAAAACGGACCAUGAAGGAUCAUCCCCGUACAUCCCAUAUGAAUAUACCGAGGCGAUAUCACUGUCAGCACCUUCAUCACAGUCUGAUCUCAUCCUCAUGGACAUGAAUGAGAACAGCGAGUCUGAUGAGCCUGAGGUGGAGUUCAUCUCUCCAUUUGAGCUGAAGGACCAUAGACACAGAAGACCGAAGCCCGUGACAAAAGAUCAACCGAUGUUUUGUUGGAUGGAGAACACCGAAAUGCAGGAGAGUGAAAGUGAAAUGGAUGAAGUCCACCCAGAAGCUCCAGAGCAGCAGGAGACACCUGUGAAAAAAUCCCAUCCAGAGAGCAACACUGACAAACAACAAACCCUUCAGAAGGAGACAGACGCUCAUGAAAACAUCAUCAUGACAGGUCCUUAUGGUCCCGCUGGAGAAACCCAAGAUCACCUGAAUGGUCCAGAGAAGACAAAAGCUGCCAGCAAAACUAAAGGAUUAUUUGUUCUUCAUCACUGGCUUGAGAAAAAGACCAAAGAACGACGGGAGAAGAAAAUGAGAAAAGAAAGGGAAAUAACAGAAACACAGUUACUGCGGGAGAGAUACUUGAACAGUCCAGCAUUGAAGCAUUUGUGUGUUAAUAAGAACAACUCUAACUAUAUCCCCAUACUCCUUCUAUAACUUAUGUGCAAAAUAAUUAAGUUUAUGUGCAAAUAAUUAAGUUUAUGUUUGAUAAAAAAUAAGUAUGUGUGCAAAAAAAAUGAAGUAUAUGUGCAAAAAAAAUGAAGUAUAUGUGUUAAAAAAUGAAGUUUAUGUGCAAUAAAAAAUGAAGUAUAUGUGUUAAAAAAUGUGUGCAAAAAAAUUCUCUAUAUGUGCAAUAAAAUAAGUAUGUGCAAAUUUCCCUCCUGUACAGUUUUACUUAACAUGUGUGCAAUGAAUAAACUUGUCUUCUUUUGAAAACAUAUUUUUGAAAAUAUUGAAAAUAUUACAUACUGUAGAUGUUAUCCCUGUAAAAGUACUUAUAGCAAUCUAGCAAAAUAUUGAAAAUGAACAUUCUGUAUGACGGAAGAAACAAUUAUUAAUAGUUUUUGUGAAUGUGUUUUCAUUAAAUCUUUUUGGAAUUAGUUUUGCACAGUAUCUCUCACAAAAAAAAAUAUCAGAACA